ACAUCGCGUACGCGUAACUACGUCAAUCUGAUACAAUUUUCUCAAUCGCCAUUUUCGUUCUCGUACUCGUGCAUGUAAGACGUACAAAAACGACUCCAAGACUUUGGUGGAAUAGACUGUGGAGGAACUCGAUGUUAUUUUUCGUUUUUCACGCCAUCAACCUCCGAAUUAUUCUAAGUGUUUAAAUACCAUUAUUUGGCAACGGUUUCUUCGAACCUGCUUUGGACAAUUUCGCGAUGGAAGUGGCGAAAAGAACGCAGAAUUUGACGAGUAAACGAGGCGGUAAAGAGAUUGUGGCGGAAGCCUUCACAAUCCAGUCACAAAUGAAAAAUGUGAAAGUCCAAAAUCCUCCGAAGGCAGGUGCCUUCAUGGAACAGCCAGGCAAACCAACAUCUUUUAGGAAGUUUUACGAAAGAGGAGACUUCCCAAUUGCCCUUGAACACGACACAAAAGGCAACAAGAUCGCCUGGAAGAUUGAGAUAGACAAGCUAGACUAUCACCACUACCUGCCCCUGUUCUUUGAUGGCUUGAAGGAAACGACCCAUCCCUACGAGUUCUUUGCCCGGCAAGGUGUCCACGACCUGUUGGAGCAUGGUGGAAACAGAAUCGUUUCGGUCAUACCCCAGCUAAUCAUGCCCAUCAAAGAGGCUCUGAACUUGCGAAAUCACAAGGUGAUCUGUACUACGCUGAAGGUUCUGCAGCACUUGGUUGUGUCGGCCGACUUAGCAGGAGAGGCUCUUGUUCCGUAUUACCGACAAAUUCUUCCGAUGCUCAACACGUUCAAGAACCAGAACCUGAAUAUCGGCGACGGCAUCGACUAUGGGCAGCAGAAGAGGGAGAACAUCGGGGACCUCAUCCAAGAAACCUUAGAAGCACUUGAGAAGCAUGGCGGUGAAGAUGCUUUCAUCAACAUUAAGUAUAUGGUGCCGACGUACGAGUCGUCGGUUCUCAACUAAGAACUUAAAACUGGCAUGGUACUUGUAUGUGGACUUCUACAUUCGAAACUAUGACAAUGUCAUCAUCAUCAUUAUCAAUCCUUCCAGAAACCACCUUGAUGUUGUCUGGCAAAUCGGAAAGAAAAUGUAACAUAAUUUUGAAACAUAAAUUUCUAUGUACCGUGUAUGUUAUUGUAAGGUUGAAAUGGUGCAGUUUUUCGUCUUCAUCAGUUCUAUUAAAAAACUUAAAAACAAAGCCCUUUCGGAGUUACAAAAAUGUACUACUGCGCAUGCGCACAUCCUAUGACAACAAUUAGGGUUAGGGGAAAAAUAGUUCGCCACACGCGUGCAAAUUCAUAGCAGAAUACCAACGAAAUCCAAGAUAAUUUCUUGUUUUGAAGUGGAUGUACAAACGUUGAUUGUUUAUAAAGACACCAUGGUUUAAGAUGUUUUGUAUGUUUCAACCUUGUUGCGAACAAAAUUUAACAUUUCAUUUUUUUACGGGAGAACUAAAAAAAAAUUGCAAUAUGUAGAUUUGGUUACUACAUCCCCCAUAGACUUGUGUGCGUUUAUCUGCUUUGUUCAUCUGCCGACACUAAAUCGUUGAAUCUCAGUAGUACAUCUUUGUAACUGCAAAGUGGCUUUAAUAUACAGCUAUGGCAAGUGUUCCAAAAAUGUAUUGUUGCCUUGUUUGACUGAAAGUGUGUUGAUAUUAAUACCAAAAAAACCUCCAUAUAGUCUUCUCUCUAGCUUCCAAAACGGUCCGUCCAUAUGAUAAAGCUCAAUUAAGCAGGUGUUAAUAAUUUUGACAUACAGUUAAUUUUUAAUUAGAAAUCAGUCUUCGAAAUGUUUUAUUUGAACUGUACAUGUAAUGUAUACCCCUUCAACAGAAUGUUUCAAUUACAAAAGAAUGAAAUAGAUUGUAACAGUCCACAGUCUAAAUUGAUAGGUCUUGAUAUAAACAACUUUGGCAGCUAAUAAAGCAAGCACACGUACAAUGUAGGAGUGUAAAUUGUACAUAAUAUUGAGAAAACAAUUUUCUUGUUUUUUGUUGUAAAUAAGCUAUACAUUGUACAUGUACUUGUAUGUUUUUUUAUUAUAAUAUUCUUGGAUUGAUGUAGAGCUGGCAAACACACCCAGAAAGUACAUGUAUUGAAACAUAAUGAUGGCUUUAGAGCAAAUAUACAAAUCUACUUUUAGGUUUCUUCUGGUUCCAGUUGUUUAGGCAUUUCCAUUACAAAUAUAGUGGAACACCUAGAACAAGUGGAACACCUUACAACAAGGUCCUUUGGACUUUACAAAUUAGCUUGUACUCUUCUUAUCAGGUUGAACUGUGCAUGUAAUUAUGUACAUGUACAAGGUUCACUGUUAACCAUUGUAAAUAAACGUGUUGCCUACAUUUAAAACGCCUAACAGCAUUUUUAUUUGGGGGGGGGGGACAUGGUCUAUUUGAUAUUUUUUUUGGGAAGGGGGAUACCUCUAUUUGCAGCAUCUAAACGACAGCAUCUCAAAAAAAGAAAACACAAGGGUAAAUUUUACUUUAAAAAAAUUAACAAGUGAUCAAUACAUGUGGACAUUGGAAAUGUGGUAUUUUAUGUGAAGAUGUUUUCCUUGUUAACGAAAUAAAGUCUGUUCUUAAAUUUAAA